AUGCCCUCCGACGACGAAUCCCUCACUCUCGAGCCCACCACGCGUUUCCCUGCCCACUUCCACGUUGCAACGAGCCCCAUCACACACGCGGCACGGAGAUCUCUCGCGAACAACAGCAGAAUUCUCACCAGUGGCGUCGGCCAUCUCUAUAUGGCCGUUCCGAUCAACAACGUGCCCGAAAUCGCUCACGCACGCCAAAAUACGGUCCGAGGAGCGAGCCCGAUCACGGCCGGAGCUCCCGGAGCGAUUCCCACGGUCAAUUCCACGCGUUUUGCGCCUUCUGCUUCACCAAACUCGCCGAAAACUAUCCACGGCGCUUCCGCGAGCGAGGCCCGAGCGCCGAGCGUCGUUCCCACGCCCAAAUCGCCGCGUUCUGCCACCCCGAGCAAGCCACGAUCGCGCCGCUGCUUCGUUUGCGGCCGGAGCAACAACCACCCACUCAGCUUCCGUUUCUGCCCGCGCACGCGCACGCUCUUGCGCCGAGCGCUCGCCCGACUCGAUGAACGAGGCAAGCUUGUGAUGCCUGAUGGAUCCGCGCUGCCGAUGACGCGACACGCCGGUGGAGUCGCUGGACACCUCAUUUCCGCGCAUAACGCUGCGCUUCGCGUUUCUGAGCGUCCCGAACCACCACAACCGCUUGCUCGACGUCCAACACGCCUUCCAACACCAUCUGAGCCGACUCCUUCUCAAGUUCUGCCACCAACUGAGCCGAUUCGCGCUGCUGAGCACACCGGCCCGCUCAAUCCGAGUUCCUCCCAUCCCGAGAUCGCUCCGCCUGUUUCCCACGCCCCUCGCCGACGUCACGCGCAUCGAACCAACCAGCCGCGCAUGCUAAUGCCGUGCGUCCAGUGUCAACGCACCAAAUGGAUGCAGUCCAUUCAGACAAUGCUGUUCGACAACGCCCUUCGAGCCCACUUCACAGAGAUGAUCACCACCUUGAAUAAGCUUGAUCCUGACACUCUGGCGGCGCUUUCUGACAAAAUGAUGGCAACUCACACACUCCCGCCGUGUUUCAUCCAUGCUCAUCUCUCGCAACCAACCGUGUGUCCAUUUGGCUGA